AUGAAGAAGUCGGCAACACCUGAAUAUCCGUGCAAAAUAACUUUUACAGGUUCUGAUUUUGAAAAUUCUGGUGAAAUCGACUUGGAUAACUUGAAUUGUGAAAAAUCUUUUGGAGUUUUAAAACAACAUUAUAGCACCAAACUAAUG